AUGGCUUUCUGCAGACUUAUCGCUACCGUUUUGGUGGCGAGUCGUCUCACUGCUGGAUACUUGAUCGCCCCCUCCGGCACCGCAUUUCCUGGGGCAAACUCAGACUGCAGUGAAUGGGUCACCUACACGACCGGCUUGACCUGUGCCGACAUUGAGGCCACAUACUCGAUCACUGAAGAGGAAUUCCUCGAAUGGAAUCCCUACAUCUCGCUACUUUACACUGACUGCAAUCUGGUUGCGGGCUAUGACUACUGCGUGGACAUCAACUUUGAGACCUUGGGGGCCUCUUCGUCCUCGUCGACCUCGUCUACGACCUCGCAGGCAUCGACUUCAUCUCUCUCAACUACUUUGAUCACAAGCACCAUCUCUGCUUCCACGACCGGAUCCGCGACCGUAGCGAGCACCGGAAUUACUACGCCAUCGCCCAUUCAAACGGGCAUGACCGCCACGUGCGACGAGUUCUACCUGGUGGUCUCCGGAGACACGUGCGCGGCUAUUGCCUCUGAUGCCGGUAUUGCACUGUCCGACUUCUACGCCUGGAACCCCGCGGUUGGUACCAGUUGCGCUGACCUCGAUGUUGGCGAUUAUGUGUGUAUUGGGGCGACUGGCACUGUGACCUCAACCACGGCCACCAGCAGUGGUACCGGAAUCGUCACCCCGGCCCCAAUCCAGACGGGUAUGACCGCCACUUGCGACGCGUUUCAUCUCGUGGUCUCUGGAGACACGUGCGCGGACAUUGCGUCCGACGCAGGAAUUGCACUGUCCGAUUUCUACGCCUGGAAUCCUGCGGUCGGCACCAGCUGCGCUGACCUCGAUGUCGGUGAUUAUGUGUGUGUCGGGGCGACUGGAACCGUAACCUCCACCACGACCACCAGCAGUGGUACUGGCAUUGUCACACCCGCCCCAAUUCAGACAGGCAUGACGGCUACCUGCGAUGCGUUCCAUCUCGUGGUCGCCGGAGACACCUGCGCAGUCAUUGCAUCCGAGGCAGGAAUUGCCCUGACCGAUUUCUACUCCUGGAACCCUGCUGUGGGCAGCAGCUGCGCUGACCUAGACGUGGGCGACUAUGUGUGCGUCGGGGUCGAGGGAGGCACUGCCACUGCCACUGCGACGACAACGACAACGACGGCGACGACAACCGGUAACGGAAUCACGACCCCCACACCGAUCCAGACGGGCAUGGUGUCGGACUGCGAUUCCUUCUAUUAUGUGGUCUCCGGGGACGGCUGCUCGAGCAUCGCGAGCGCAGAGGGGGUCACCGUGGCGGAAUUGGAGGAGUGGAACCCGGCCAUUGGGACGGACUGCACGGAUUUGUGGACCGAAACCUAUAUCUGCGUGGGAAUCCUGUAA